AUGAAGGAUGAUGCUGACCAGUCCAAGGGCGGUCGGGGAGGCCGUUCAGCCCGGAUGAGCAAUGAGGACAGGAAACUUCGGAAUCGCCUGUCGCAGAAAGCCUUCCGCGCCCGGCAAGCAAUGCGAAUCAAGGAGUUGGAGGAUAGAUUGGAAUCCAGGCCAUCUUCCGAAACCGAACGAAUCGCAGAGCUCGAAGACCGAAAUACUUUUCUCGCCAACAGGCUGUUCGAGUGCCAUAAGAAGCUCGAGAGCCUUCAGGUUACCAUAAAAGCCCUGUCAGAGGCUACCGCGGAGGCACUUGACAUGGUAAUCAACAAGGACAAAAAGAAGGACUCGGAUGCCAACAAAGAGGUAGAAGAUGAGGUUGCUCGUCCAACCUCGGUGCCUUCGUCGACCUCACAUGUUUCUUCACCGAGUCUGAGAGACGUCGCUGUGUCUGCACCGAGGUCAGACUCGACUAGUAAAGGAGGCAUUGUUGUUCCCGAUUCUACUUAUGAUGCCACUCAUCAACGUCCAGAGAUCUUGGCGACUGUAACGAAUUGGUCCGAUAUGGAUACAGGUUACGACGAGAUCCCCGACGACUUCAAGGAUGCCCUGCAAGCAGCAAUAAGCCAUGACCCCGAUAUAUUCGCUUCGUUGGAUCUUCUUGACUCUUCUGGUUCUAACAACGGCGCGACUUUCAUAGACACGAACAAUCCCCUUGUGUGGGAAAAUAUGAUAGCAGAUCCGAUCUUCCAACAACGACUGUCUUUCACUUUUCCGCAGAUGGGCCCGAGUACAUAUUCUGCUGCUGAGAAUCAUGGUCCGGUCUUGGUGCGAGGUCCUCAUGGACAGCUACAUCGGACAACCUCACCGUGGUCGGACCAUAUCACUACUCUUGAAUACUUCUUACGGCAGAAGUGGAAAUCAUUGGGACUUCGGAGGAAUGGGAAAAACAAUCCAUUCGAUGGACUUCCAAGCUCGGUUUGCUUCAUGCUGUCCACUUUCAUAUGUCUAUCGUGGCCUACCAUGGCCGCCUGGCAUACUUACACCCGCGCUCAUAUGCCAGUUGGCAGCCUUAUGGCGUGGCGCCUGAACCCGACUCCGGAGAUGUAUGCUGCCAUAGACCCUUCUCUUCGUCCGACCAAACUUCAGAUGGCAGUACACCAUCCAGCAAUCAUCGACUGGAUUCCCUAUGCUACCCUACGCGACAAACUAGUCAUCUAUCAUUCUGCCGAUCCCCAUCUGGAUGACUUGAUCUGCGAAAUCGGCAAUUCAUAUGUCAUGGAAAUCGAUCUUGCACAACUUAUCACGGGGAUCCCUCCUACUCGAGGCUAUGUCGGGGUGUGGGAUCUUGUCCGGUCGAUCGCGCCGGAAGCCACAUCGAGUUCAGAUGCAACGAAUCUCUUCCAGCCGGAUUUCGAGAAUUCUCCGGAAACCAUUGAUGACUUUGAUGAGGAGGAAGAGCCAAACAGUGGCGCAGGUUCUUUACCUGCGCCCAACGCAAGUGUGCUCUUUGGCUCGAAAUUACAUGCUCUGAAAGCAUUCAAGUUAAUAGGGAUGCAUAAAGGAGUGGGAAACUUCUUACUCGAUCCACAUUUCUUCGACAGGCAUCCAGAACUCUUCGAUCCCACGGUCAACAUUAUAGCCCGUGGCGUUCCUCUACGUCCAGGAGAUCGAAAAUUUAUUUCAGCACCUCAACCAUUGGACUCCGGUGUAUUAGGACGGUAUAAGGAGUUGUCUUCGUGGUCACUUUCUUUAUCCUCAGCUAUGAUAACGGCGAUAUGAAACUGCCAAUCAGGGUCGCUCCACCUUCGGCGUUGCUGUCUAGGAUGGUGUGUUCUGUCUGCCGACAAGUUCCUCCCCAUGAAUGAAC